AAUGAACUCAUUCCUCUUCCUCCAAACCUAAUCAUAGUAGUAUAAUAAGUUGUUGACUUCAAAUAUUCGUUAAUAUUGAUAAAAAAAAAAGUAUUUGCUCUCUAAUGUUUCUCAUGUAUAUAUAAUAUAUGCUUCGUCUUUUCAUCUAAACAAAUAACAAGCAAUUAAGUUUUUACUUUUUUAGUAUCAAUUAUUAUUGCGCCAUUUUAUUUUUGAAACUUUUGUGCUCUUUCGUUUUGAGUUAUCGUGGAGUUCUUUAAUAAUUGCUUGUGGACAUGUAGGAAAAUAUGAUUAUUUAUUUAUCUUCUAUGAUAAGUUGCAACUACUGGAUUAAACUUUCUCCCAAGUAACAUCUAGGUAAUUGCAUAGGGCUAGUUCUAGAAAUGAGAUGUUUCUAUAUGAAAAUUUCACAGAAAAGGUUCCAGGCUUCCCUAAUCAUGAUGAAGGAUAACAUGAACUUUUUAACACAAUUGAUCAAUCUUUUACACGGUGAUCACUAAUUAGUUGUUUGUUAUAGGAAGAACCCAUGACACGAUCAAAAUGUGUAGGAACUAGGAACAAAGCUUUGAAGUUGUCGAUUCUGCUCCGAAAUUGUGUGUGGUGCUCUGCAGUCCUGCAAGUCAAGCAAUGCCAUGCCCAAGCUAUUCUCCAAGGAUUGCUUCCGCAUCUCACUCUUCAGACAGAUCUCUUGCUAGCCUACUGUAGAUUGUGCCUUCUCCGCCAUGCUCGGAAGGUGUUCGGCACAAUGCCCAUCAUUAUACGUUGCCUCAACUUUUCAAGGCUUGUGUAGGAGUAGGUGAUGCUUGUUUUGGUAAGGUGUGUCACGGUUGGGUGAUAAAGCUUGGCUAUGAGGGGUAUGUUGUUGUGGCUAGUUCUGUGCUCGAGUUUUAUGUGAAAUUUGGGUUGAUAACCGAGGCAUACUCGGUGUAUUCCAUGAUGCUUUGUAGGGACUUUGUGGCUUGGAAUUUGAUGAUUUCCGGCUUUUUAAGGGCUGGCUUGUAUUUGCGUGUUAUCGAUUGUUUCAGAGAAAUGCUGCUUACAAAUGGGGGGAAGAUGGAUUCCAUGUCUGUUCCUAGCAUUUUAAUUGCUUGUGGGAGGGAAGGAGACUUAAUGAAAGGGAAAGAAGUUCAUGGGUACGUCUUUAAGAAUUGCGAGUUUGAUGUGGAUACUCCCAUUGGUAACACCUUAAUUGAUAUGUAUGGGAAGUGUGGAUGCUUAAAUGAUUCAGAGAAGGUUUUCAAGACAAUGCGCACCGUGAACGUGGUUACGUGGACUACCAUGAUAUCAUGUUAUGGUAUGCAUGGAAAUGGGGAGGAAGCGCUCUUGCUAUUUCAAAAGAUGGUUAAUGGAGGAAUUACACCAAAUUCUGUCACACUUACAGCAGUGUUAGCUAGUUGUAGCCACUCUGGUCUGAUAGACCAAGGAAAGAAAAUUUUCAAUUCAAUUAGUUCCGGUUAUGGAUUGCAGCCAAGUGCUGAACACUAUGCAUGUAUGGUAGAUCUUUUCGGCCGUGCUGGGUAUCUUGUUGAAGCACUUGAGUUGUUGAGGAGCAUGAAAUCGUUAGGAACGGGAAGCAUCUGGGGUGCGCUUCUUGCUGGUUGUGUAAUGCACAAGAAUGUUGAGAUUGCGGAAAUUGCAGCUCAUCAUCUUUUCCAAUUAGAACCAAAUAAUGCUAGUAACUACAUAGCCCUAUGUGGCAUCUAUCAGUCUCAUGGUAUGCUUGAUGGAAUUGCAACUGUUAGAGAAAGAAUGAGAGAACAAGGUUUGAUUAAAACUCCUGGUUGUAGCUGGAUCAGUAUUGGAGGAAGGGCUCAUAAAUUCUAUCAAGGUGAUUUGUCUCAUCCAUUGUCUCAUUUAAUUGAAAGAAUAACACAUCAAAUUAGCAACACUCAGUUAUUGGAUGAUGAUUUUGGUAUUGUUACACAUGAUGAUACCUGCAUGAUGGCUCAUGGCUUUGUAGAUCUUUAAAGCUAGUUUAUUUACAAAGUUAUAGCAUGUAAUUUAUACAUGAUGAAUUUUUCAACACGUUUUGUGGAACAUAAUUAUAUUCGGCUUACUUUAUAGCCAAGAAACAUUUACUUUGAAUGUAGUUGACUUUAGUUUUA